AUGGUCGCUCUGCCAAUCGCCAAGGCUUCCAAUGCCAAAGUGGCCACUGCCCUCCCGCAGGAAAUGGUCGCAGUCUUUGUUGGUGCCACCAGCGGCAUAGGCGAAUUCGCCCUCAAAGCCUUCGCCCAGCAUUCCAAGAAACCUCGCAUCUACUUCGUUGGCCGCUCCCAAGAGGACGCAACUCGCAUUAUAUCCGAGUGCCAGAAGCUCAACGCAAAUGGCCAGUACACAUUCCUCAGGGCCGACGUGAGCCUACUCAACAAGGUCGACGAAGUAUGCCAGCAGAUCUUGUCCAAGGAGACCUACAUCAACCUUCUGUUCCAGACGCAAGGCUCCAUACGCACUGAUAAAACUUCCGAGGGCCUCCCGAUUUCCUACGCUCUCCCCGUUGCGUCCCGCAUCCUGUUCGCCCUGAACCUCCUUCCGGCUAUCCAGGAGGCAACCUCCCUCAAGCGAGUUGUCUCCGUCUUUGCCGCUGGCCAUGAGGGGCCUUUCUCCGAGAGCGAAUGGACAGAGUAUGCGUCAACUCACGGCCUGAUGAAGGCCCGAGCCCAUGUCUCCUCCAUGAUCACCAUGGCCCACAAUGCCAUGGCAAGACGGGCGCCAGACGUCGCCUUCGUGCACAACUAUCCCGGCUCCGUAAAGACCAAGUUUGGGAGAGACGCGACGGGGGUGCUGGGCGGCGUCCUCAAGGUCGCCAACGUGGUUUUCCACGUCGUGCCUGACCGCCUGGUGUUCCAGGCCCCCUCGGUCUGUGGAGAGCAUCAGCUCUACCUUGCUACGAGUGCCAGAUUCCCACCUGCCAAGGGCGAUGCCGCCGGGGUGGCUGUGUCGGACGGUGUGUCUGCGGCCAGGGGCAGCGAUGGUCUGUCGGGGAGUGGCAGCUACAAUGUCAACUACGAUGGCGAGAAUGUUUCCGCUGAUGUCGACGCUCACCUUGCAAAGGCCAAGGCGGACGGUGCCGAGGACAGAAUGUGGACGCACAUAUUGGAGGAGAUCAAACGUAUCACUGGCAAAGCUCGGGAUUGA